UCAAGAUGGCUGUGCACACCAGAAAGAGGAAAGAGCGUGCAGCGAAGAGGCCAUGAAUGAAGUUUUUAACUCCGAAUUGCCUAGAGGACAUAGAUAAAAAAUCAGUCUACGUAUUGUAUGAGUCGUGUUUCGCCCUGUGGAUGAACCGCUGUAUCCAUAUACACCGACAGAAUAACGAACAACUGAGGGAUAAAGUCUCGUAUGAAUUCCGACGAGAAGGAGAACUGUGAGUGUGCGCCACCACAGGCCGAGUCCAACCCCACUGGAGGACACGACAGAGAAUACGAGGAGCCUGAAGCAGAAAACCCAGAAGCAAGCCGAAUGAAGCGUGCAGCCGCCAAACAUCUAAUAGAGCGCUAUUACCACCAGUUAACCGAGGGCUGUGGAAAUGACUCGUGUUCCAACUCCUGGUGUGCCUCAUCAAUGGGCUUUCAUCGGAUGGACAACAACACGGCAGCGGUCAAGGCCCUUGAGCUCUACAAGAUCAAUGCCAAAUUGUGUGACCCUCACCCCUCAAAGAAGGGCACGACGUCAGCCUACUUGGAGAGCAGUGCCCACAACAACUCGGCAUGCAGCAACAGGAAAAUGAACCAUAAGGAUGUCCAUUCUGUAAGGGAUGAUUUUAAAGAUGUCAAUUACCUGACAGAGGACAAAGUGUAUGAGAUCUUGGACAUCUGUGGAGAGAAGGAGGAUUACUCCCCUCUCAUCCGAGUAAUAGGCCGGGUGUUCUCCAGCGCUGAGGGCCUGGUCCAGAGUUUCCGGAGGUCCAAACCCCACACAAAGGAGGAGCUCAAGUCCCUCCAAGCUAAAGAUGAAGAUAAGGAUGAGGAUGAGAAGGAAGCAGCUGCGUGCUCUGCCACAGCCAUGGAGGAGGACUCCCCAGCCUCUUCGUCCUCCCUGUCCCGGCUUGGCGAGGGCUCCUCAGGGGAUAACGACGUCCAAAAGCUGGGUCCCGAUGAGGUGUCGGUAGACAUCGAAGCAGUACGGCGGGUUUAUGGACGGCUGCUGUCCAACGAGAAGAUUGAAGCUGCCUUCCUCAACGCGCUGGUCUACCUUUCACCCAAUGUGGAGUGUGACCUCACAUACCACAACGUGUACUCACGAGACCCCAACUACCUGAACCUGUUCGUCAUUGUAAUGGAAAAUGGCAAUCUCCACAGCCCUGAGUACCUAGAAAUUGCCCUCCCCCAGUUCUGCAAAGCCAUGAGCAAGCUCCCGCUCGCAGCCCUGGCCAAGCUGGCGCGCCUGUGGUCGCACUAUAGUGCGGAGCAGAUCCGGCGCAUGAUGGAGACCUUUCAGCAGCUCAUCACCUACAAGGUGAUCAGCAACGAGUUCCAUAACCGCAACCUAGUGAAUGACGACGACGCUGUGGUGGCGGCCACCAAGUGCUUGAAGAUCGUGUACUAUGCAAAUGUGCUGGGCGGUGACCUGGACACAGAGCACAACGAGGAGGAAGAUGAGGAGCCCAUCCCAGAGUCAAGUGAGCUCACCCUGCAGGACCUGCUGGGUGAGGACCGGCGCAACAAGAAGGGUCCGCGGGUCGACCCCCUGGAGACGGAGCUGGGCGUCCGUGCAAACGACUGCCGGCGGCCGCUCAUCCCUUUCGAGGAGUUUGUCAAUGAGCCGCUGAAUGAGGUGCUGGAGAUGGACAAGGAUUACACCUUCUUCAAGGUGGAGACGGAGAACAAGUUCUCCUUCAUGACCUGCCCCUUUGUUCUCAAUGCUGUCACCAAGAACCUGGGCCUGUACUAUGACAACCGUAUCCGCAUGUACAGCGAGCGCCGCAUCACUGUGCUCUACAGCCUGGUACAGGGCCAACAGCUUAACCCCUACUUGAGGCUCAAAGUACGCAGAGACCACAUCAUCGACGAUGCUCUGGUCAGGCUGGAGAUGAUAGCGAUGGAGAAUCCUGCAGACUUGAAGAAGCAACUGUACGUGGAGUUUGAAGGAGAGCAAGGAGUUGAUGAAGGAGGCGUUUCCAAAGAGUUUUUUCAGCUUGUAGUUGAAGAGAUUUUCAACCCAGAUAUUGGAAUGUUCACUUACGAUGAGUGCACCAAACUGUUCUGGUUCAACCCCUCAUCAUUUGAGAACGAGGGCCAGUACACGCUGAUCGGCAUUGUCCUGGGCCUGGCAAUCUACAACAACUGCAUACUGGAUGUCCACUUCCCCAUGGUGGUCUACCGCAAGCUGAUGGGCAAGAAGGGAACGUUCAGGGACCUGGCAGACUCCAAUCCGGUUCUGUACCAGAGCUUAAAGGAGUUGCUGGAGUAUGAGGGGAGCGUGGAGGAGGACAUGAUGAUCACCUUCCAAAUAUCCCAAACGGACCUGUUUGGGAACCCCCUCAUGUAUGACUUAAGGGAAAAUGGGGACAAGAUCCCAGUCACAAAUGAGAACAGAAAGGAGUUUGUGGCUCAGUAUGCGGAGUACAUACUAAAUAAAAGUGUGGAGAAGCAGUUCAAAGCCUUCAGGAGGGGCUUCCACAUGGUCACCAGCGAGUCUCCGUUGAAAUAUCUUUUCCGGCCUGAGGAGAUCGAGCUGCUGAUCUGCGGCAGCAGGAACCUAGACUUCCUAGCGCUUGAAGAAACGACAGAAUACGAUGGCGGUUACACCAGAGAUUCUCGUAUCAUCAAAGAGUUCUGGGAGACGCUGCAUUCAUUUGGUGAGGACCAGAAGCGGCUCUUCUUGCAGUUCACCACGGGCACGGACCGAGCUCCUGUGGGCGGGCUGGGCAAGCUGAAGAUGAUCAUUGCCAAAAACGGCCCGGAUACAGACAGGUUACCCACGUCUCACACCUGCUUUAACGUUCUGCUGCUGCCCGAGUACAGCACCAAGGAGAAGCUGAGAGAGAGACUGCUCAAAGCCAUCACCUACGCCAAAGGGUUUGGCAUGCUCUGAGGGAACCCCCCUCCCUCCCCUUUCUCCUCUUCCUCCUCUCCUCUUCCUCCUCCCUACCCUCCUCCUCCGAACACACUGCAAAAGGACUCCUUUUCAGAAUAUCCCACCUUCUCUCUCCCUCCCUCCCUCCUUCCUUUAUUGGAAAACAAUCUAAAACAUGAUAGAACACCCAAAUGAAAGAAAGAAAAAAACGAGAAAAAAAAAAAACGAAAAAAAAAACAAAGAUUUAAGGGAAAGUGAGAGGAAAAACAAAACGGAUGCUCAAAAUGGUUCAUGUGAUGAUGUAAGACCACUCUAGUAGUCCUUGGCCUGUGCUUGCAUCGUCCCACGUCGCCCGGUGCAAGCGCAGAAACUUCAUGCGAUCAAAUUACCCACCCCCUCAUACACCUAUGUGAAUGUGCUGCAGCCCCCCCCUUCUCUUUUUUUUUUGUCUUUGUACAGAGAGGAUUUUUUUCCUUAUUAUUUAUUUUAAGGUAAAAUCGGUUAUUUUUUUUCAUGCCUGCCUGUCGUGACCGCUUCCUACUUGAUGGGAAGGUCAGGUUUGAGGUUAAAGGAUGUGUAUCAUGACAGUGGAUAAACAAAUAAAUACAAAACCCUGAUAUUUGUCGAUACAAAAA